AUGGAGCCGCCGCUCGAGUUGCCGCCACCGCCACCGUCACAUGCACAUCGAGCCUUUCGGAGUAUCCUGAUCGUCGAUGGCUCGUACGCCAACAUUGGGGCGAGAGACUUGCCUAGCGGACGCAUCAACUACGUGAAUCUACGCUCAGAGAUUGAAUGUCGUACCGGCUCGGCUCUCUCAGAGUGCUGGUACUUUGACCACGAGCAAAAGGGCCGCGCGUACCCCGAUCUCCGGGACUUAAAGCGCGUGUCCCCCCAUGGCCCCCAAUUUCAAGUGAAAACGUACCAGACCAAGGGGUACGAGUGUCGGUGUCCGCAGUGCCACCGCCAUUUUCAGCAAAAAGUUCAAAAAGGAGUCGACAACGGCAUUGCCACCAAGAUGUUGUCGUUGGUGUACGAAGAUAUGGCAGAUCGCGUUGUGCUCUUUGCAGGCGAUGGCGAUUUCUACGAUACUUUGGACCUCAUCAAGAACGUCAAGCACAAAGAGCUGUGGGUCAUAGGGUAUGAACGGUCCGUGUCGCCAGACUUGCAACAGUUGGCGACCAAGGUGCUGUGGAUCGAAGACAUUUUCCACGGCGAUGACGUUGCAGUAGUCGAGGGUGACGAGUCUCCUCCGCUCAGCCAACUUCCUACCGUGCCCCGAGCGUUGCUGGUCGACAGCGCUUCUGAUAAGGCGGCGGCGGCGUCCGUCGUGACCGACCAGAUACCCGUCAAGACUCCGCCGGCGCACCCGCUCAGUGUAUUCGUCAACAAUUUGCCGUUUGACACGGAGAAAGCCGAGAUUGAAUCGCAUUUUCAGCCCCAUGGAGAGGUCAAGAGCGUGCGCAUGCCAAUGGAUCCACAGAUGGGCAAAUGUCGCGGGUUUGCGUUUGUUCAAUUCGACUCGAUCGAAGGCGUCGAGAGUGCCCUGACGAGCUCGGGGCAGGACUUCCGCGGACGGAAACUCCGGGUCCGGCGGCCGUUUGAGCAUCGAGGUCCCCCCGCGGCUGAUGUGCCCGCCACCACUUCGACUUCAAAACCAACCAAAACGUCCAAGCGCAAGAAGAAUCAAGACGCGGCCGACGACGGAAAACCAAAGCGCAACAAGACAGAUACCACUCCGCGUCCAGACACGGAGCCGGUCGACUUGACAGCGGACGCGGUGUCCACCAUGUGGCAGCUAUCGCUCCAACCCAAGCAUGCCAAGUACGUCCCCACUGUCAUCGACUUGUGUGACGACGAAGAAGGCCACAAGGAGCUCAAUUCAGACAAGUCGAAUUGAAACACCGUUUGUCCAAACCAUACUCUGCGACAGCGUCCACGGCGAGUCAGAAGUCGACGACGUUGUAGCUACAAUCACUCUUGACCAUCCUAUUUAAUCCAGCCUUGUGCAUUUGCAACGUGCA